AUGUGGUCUGGUAUGCUGCUAUGCUGCUAUGCUGUAUUCCUGCUCCAGAAUCCAGAAUCCAGAAUCGAAAUUAUUGAUGUGCCAAAAGGGAGUGCGGACGGCGGACGGGGGUCUCGAAUCUUUAAUAGCAAUGCGACAAGCAACACACGGCCACUGAGUGAUCUACAGACAGGACACAACCCAAAAGCAAGGCGGACUGGUGGAGAUAGGGGUUGUGCUGUGGGUGCCCAGUUGCAAAACAAAGCAAGCACUGGAGGAGGAGGAGGAGGAGAGGAGGAGCAGCAACAGUCGUUGUCGGUCUGGAAGACAGGAGCCAGCUGUUUCCGUCUGUCUGUAGGUGUCAGUCAGUUACCGGCAAGUGCAGGCUGGGCGCAGAAGUGGACGACGAGUCGAGUCGAGUGUACGCAACGCAGCAGCGCGGCGGGAGACCCGGUCGAGCUAAAUAAGAGUGCAGUGGACUGGACUUUGCCGCUUCCUGGUCUUCCUGGUCUUCCUGGUCUUCCUGGUCUUCCUACCCUAUGGAUUUGUUCUGGAAGUCUGGCGCAGUGGCAGUGGGCAGUGGGCAGUCUAGUCUGGCUGGCACUUUCUGCACUUCUGCCCCCGUAA